CGGGGUUCGGGGGGGGAAAAGAUGGCGGCGAGGCCGAGCGGCGGGGAGAACCGGCUGGUGUCGCUGCCCCUGUCGCGGAUCCGCGUGAUCAUGAAGAGCUCCCCGGAGGUCUCCAGCAUCAACCAGGACGCGCUUUUCCUCACCGCCAAAGCCACGGAACUUUUUGUUCAGUAUUUGGCUACGUACUCCUACAAACAUGGCAGAGGCAAGGAGAAGAACGCUCUAACUUACAGUGACCUGUCUCAUACUGCAGAAGAGUGUGAGACCUUCCAGUUCCUUGCAGAUAUCUUGCCAAAGAAGAUCCUGGCUAGCAAAUACCUAAAAAUGCUUGAAAAAGAGAAGCGAGAUGGAGAAGUGGGGGAAGAUGAUGAAGAGGAUGAGGAGGAAGAGGAUGAAGACGAAACUGUUGGUGAAGAUGUUGGAUCUUAAGACCGAUGGAGAACGGCCUCAUAGUCGAUCCAUUUUCUCUUGUGUAAAAGGAUGUUAUUUUUGUGACUGAGAAUCCAGCUGCUGGAUAUAUUUAUACACUGAGCCAUCUGCUUUUGCUUUAAGAAGUUUAGAAAUUGAACCUGAUACUUGUUGAAGAGCGGGAUUCCUCCCCCGGCAACGUGGUGGGGUGAGAAGAGCCCGAGGUGAACCUGAGGGCGGAACUUGCUUCAGAUGAUUUCAAGUGACUUCUCCAGACAAUCAGUAUCCAAAUUUAAUUUUUCUUACGGGUGGGCAGCUUUUCAGUCUCUGACUCAAGGGAGGCCUCUCCCACACUUUGUGUUUCUCCUCGGAGCAGAAGAAGAGGUGUGAGGGGAGGUGUUUUACAUGGUGUCUGCUGUCCUCAGCCUCCUUGGGGAGCCCAUAACCCAUCAAACCCUCCCUGGCUUCUCUGGGACGGUGCCAGGGUGUUACCUGUGGACCAAGACUAUUAAAAAAAAAGGUCUUUCUGUAAAAACAGCUGCUUCUGUGGGGUGGCCUGAAAAGCCCCAUGGGCACAGGAACAGGGCAGAGGAUGAGCCAUUCCAGGAGCUCGUGUGGUUCUGGGGCUGUGGUGGUAAAAAGAACACAGGUUAGAUAACAUAAAUAUGUACAGCUGGAACCUUUUGCUCUCCUGGGCUCCACCUCUGCAGCGUGGCCGUGGUGUUCCACCAAACCACACCAUGAAGUCUCUUAGAUGUGGCUUGUUGAGAAUGAGCGACCCUUUUACCGCGUGAGCGACGGAGCUGGCUUUUUCAUUUGUUUUUGUUUGGGGGGUUGGUUUUUUGUUUUGGGGAUAUAGUUUUGGUUUUUUUACUAUAGAAAUGGUAACCGCCCUGUGUGGAACUUUAUACGCAACUUUGUAAAAUAAAUGUUUUGUAUGAAAAGCAA